GUAGCUAGUAGUAGGAGUGGAAAGCCUAUUCGUAUGUUCUCCGCCUAGCUUUCCUCCCUCUUGGCGCUUGCGGACAGCGUUGUACAAGCACUUACAAGCUUGUCCCUUGAUGUAUGCUGUUCUGAAGCCCUGCGGCGCCGCGUCUGCGUCCUCGACAGAAGCUCAGAUGCUCUGCGAAUCUGAGCGAUGGGCAAUUCUCACCCCCCAGGCGCAGGGAACGAUGUACCACCCCGGGUCAGGCCUGGGAUUGAAAUGAUGGAGGAGAAUGCAUGGGACCAGUUGCGGGGUCACAAAGUGGGUGUUCUGACGAAUGCAUCGGGAGUUUUUCCAGACUUGCGCCACCUGGUGGACGUUCUGCACGAAGCCCCCGGUGUCAAUCUGCGGGCGGUCUUUGGCCCCGAGCAUGGAUUCAGAGGCGCCGCGCAGGCGGGCGCUUCUCAGAGCAAGUACACAGACGCUCGGACGGGCCUUCCGGUGUACGAUCUGUACCAGAAGAACAGUCGACGCAUCUCAGAGACCUUUGCGGAAGCCGGAGUUGAUUGCCUCCUCUUUGACAUGCAAGACGUCGGGGUCCGCUUCUACACGUACAUCUGGACGCUGUACGACUGCCUGGUCGCAGCGGCUCUGGCGUCCGAACCCAUCAAGUUUAUUGUUGCGGACCGUCCGAAUCCCAUUGGCGGGGUUUUGGUGGAUGGCCCCCUGAUGGAGAAAGAGUUCGCAUCGUUCGUUGGCAGAAAGGCGAUCCCGCUCCUCCACGGGUGCACGAUGGGCGAACUCGCGCAGCUGUUCAACGAGGAGUUCGUCCCGGGGGACGCGGGCGGCAGGCAAGCCAAUUUGGAGGUAGUCAAGAUGGACCAGUGGUCGCGCGCCACGUGUUUCUCCGAGACCGGCCUUCCCUGGGUCCCCCCCUCGCCCGGCAUGCCCACCCCAGCCACCGCGCUCGUCUACGGAGGAACGGGCCUCUUCGAGGGUACGAACCUGUCAGAGGGGCGCGGGACGACUCUCCCGUUCGAACAGAUAGGAGCGCCCUGGGUCGACUUCCGCUUUUCUCGGGAAGCCCGCGCUGCAGGCUGGCCGGGCGUACUCUUUAGGGAGGCCUACUUCACCCCGACGUCCAGCAAGCACGCGGGGAAGAUGUGCGGGGGGGUCCAGUUGUACGUGCAACAACCUCAAGAGUACAAUUCGCUACGGGUCGGUCUCAACUUGCUCCUUCUCCUCAAGCAACUCUACCCGACCCAUUUUGCAUGGCGAUGCGACGGAGGGUCCUAUUGGCUCGACAAAUUGGUUGGAAACUCUCACGUCCGGCAAAUGCUUGACCGCGGAGAGUCAGUGGACCAAAUAGCGGCAAGCUGGCACGAUGAUUUGACGUGGUUCGCUAUCCUCAGACAGAAGCACACACUUUAUCAGAAAUGACGAUCGAAUUCUUGGGCAUUCGUGAUUGCUAUUAACAAGUGGUUGUUUGUGCUACUGACAUGCCGCUUAUAUGAGACUUCGAGUGUCGCAAGACCCGGCCGGUAGUUUCUUGGUCGGGCAACAUCAUGCCCAG